AUGUAUUUGGAGAACAAAAGCAACCUGGACAUUGAGUUGUCUCAGACAUCAGCCCAAGGCCCCCAGGGCAGGAGUAGCCUGAGGUCACCAGAGGCCGUUGCAGGAAACUUUGAGGAGUUGCUUCUUCUUCAAGGAUUCUCAGAGAGGAGAGAAACCCAGAAGCUGCAGUCUUCAGGUCUGCCCACGGGACAGUGCGCCAUCCAUAAUGAUGGAUUUCUUCCUGUUCGACAAGAGGACGGGCACAAUUUUGGCAUGUUUAAUAUUUUCAGAGGAAAAUCAAGUUCAGCCAGCCUUUCAGAGAGGUCGCCACUGCUGAGAUUCUCCCAAGAUGAGAGUAUUACCUACAUGACCCUACAUGAACCCAGCUUUGUUGAAGGGGAAGGGGAGCCCUGGGACAACGGUCCUCUGGACCUGGAGAGGAGGUAUAGACUAGGCAGUGAGGUCAACAGCUUGUCCCUGUCCCGCUCCGGCUCCUCAGACAAAGACCCAAUGGACAACCUCAACUUCAGGCUCACCAGUAGCAUGAGAUGGUGCCUAAGAGUCUCAAGAAUCGCCACAAUCUUUACUGUUCUUGUCUUCUGCAGUCUCUUCUUCAGCAUGUAUCCAGAUCGAAAUAACCCCUGGAGGAUGCUCGCAGUCUCUUCAACAGAGAGUUUCUCGCUGAACAUGACAGAUUUUCGAGACAACGCCAUGCUAAAGCUGCAGGUCGGAGGGCCUUUCACAGGAGGGCCGAUUGACUUCACCAGACAGGAGUACAUCCUGAUUCAGGUGGAGCAGACGGAGCAGGCGGGACAGCGGAGGAGGCGGGCUCAGACUGUGGUGUACAACUGGACCAUUCCUCUACAUGGUGAACGAAGUGACCAGAUUCUGCUAACAAAAACUUUUGCAAUGCUCAGCAGUGACCCCAUCUCCAUCAGCGUUCAGGCCUUUCUGCAUGAAAACGAGAUGGUGCCUUUAUCCAUGACCUACCAGUCGCUCUACGUCACCGUGGAGACACAGGUGGCCAUUGCUGGAAUCAUCCUGGCUGGGGUGUAUGUUCUCAUCAUCUUUGAGAUUGUGCAUCGUACUCUGGCUGCCAUGCUUGGAUCUUUCGCAGCCUUAGCAGCUCUGGCUUUCAUCGGUGAUCGGCCCAGUCUGGUUACUGUGGUAGAGUGGAUCGACUACGAGACGCUGGCUCUUCUCUUUGGCAUGAUGGUGCUGGUGGCUAUUUUCUCUGAGACUGGCUUCUUUGAUUAUUGUGCUGUGAAGGCCUACCAAUUAUCCAGAGGGAGAGUUUGGCCAAUGAUCAUCAUUCUCUGUCUCAUCGCUGCCAUUCUCUCUGCUUUUUUGGACAAUGUGACCACCAUGAUGCUUUUCACCCCAGUCACUAUAAGGUUGUGUGAGGUGCUUAAUCUAGACCCCAGACAUGUCCUGAUUGCAGAAGUAAUCUUCACCAACAUUGGAGGGGCUGCCACAGCUGUCGGUGAUCCACCCAAUGUGAUUAUAGUAUCAAAUCAAGACCUGCGCAGAGAGGGGAUUGAUUUUGCCAGUUUCACAGGCUACAUGUUCCUCGGGAUCUGCCUCGUCCUUCUCACCUCAUUUCCUUUCCUGCGGAUGCUCUACUGGAACAAAAAACUCUACAACAAAGAGUCCAUUGAAAUAGUUGAACUCAAGCAUGAGAUCCUGGUUUGGAGGCAGACGGCUCAACGCAUUAACCCCGCCAGCCGAGAGGAGACAGCUGUGAAAUGUCUUCUGAUGCAAAAAGUCCUCAACCUGGAAAAUCUGCUCCGCAAGAUGAUGAAAACCUUCCAAAGACAAAUUUCUCAAGAGGAUAAGAACUGGGAACAAAACAUUCAAGAGCUGAAAAAGAAGCACAAAAUAACUGACAAGGUGCUCUUGGUGAAGUGUGUGUCUGUCCUUGGCGUCGUGAUCUUCAUGUUCUUUGUCAACUCCUUCGUUCCCAGCAUUCAUCUGGAUCUCGGUUGGAUUGCCAUCCUAGGUGCUCUCUGGCUUCUGGUUCUGGCUGACAUUCAGGAUUUCGAAAUUAUCUUGCACCGGGUGGAGUGGCCAACGUUACUCUUCUUUGCCGGCCUCUUCGUUUUGAUGGAGGCUUUAGCCCAGCUGCAGCUCAUCGACUACAUUGGAGAACAGACAGCACUGCUUAUAAAAGCAGUGCCAGAAGACCAGCGCCUGGCCAUAGCCAUUAUCUUGGUGAUGUGGGUCUCAGCUCUGGCCUCAUCUCUCAUCGACAACAUUCCCUUCACUGCCACCAUGAUUCCAGUUCUCAUCAACCUCAGUCAGGAUGCAGACGUGAACCUGCCAGUAAAACCUCUCAUCUUUGCCUUGGCUAUGGGAGCCUGUCUUGGAGGAAACGGUACAUUGAUAGGAGCGUCGGCCAACGUUGUGUGUGCAGGAAUAGCUGAACAGCACGGCUACGGCUUCUCCUUCAUGGAGUUCUUCAGAUUAGGAUUCCCCAUGAUGAUAAUGACAUGUAUGAUCGGCAUGUGCUACCUGCUGGCCACACAAGUGGGACUAAAAUGGAACAUGUAAUCCAGAACCGAGCCAAAGAAUCAGUGUGUGUGAGUGUGUGCCUCUGUGCGUGUGUGACCUCUCCUUCAGCUCACUGUGAUGUGAUGAGUAACCUGAUUUAUAUCAGAUUACUGGCACUGUUUGAAGCACAGCAGCCAUAUUUUGUUACAUGUCUUUGACUAAAGUGCAGACCAGCAGGGACCAGAACUACCGGUGCUGCUUUGACC